AAAUGCUUUGUAUGGUUUUUAUUUGCUCUGGGGUUUAGAAAACAUCCAAUUAAAUCAAAAUAGUAACUUAGUAUUCGACAUACCACUAAAAAAAUAUAUUAGAAGAGGACCGUAUUAUUAGAUAAAAUAAUCUAACUGCGUUAUUGGUGACAAUAAUUUAGGAAUUUCCUUUGACUAGCGCAGUUUAUUGUUAUGAUGAAUAGAGAAUGGCGGACUCUGUCAUAUUUGGAUAUCUGUUCAUAUUUCUGUUGAUAAAGCCUAACUAUGCAAGUCUCCCCAAUUUGGAUGCAUUGGUCCAAGAUGGACAGGGCAGGGUCCUACAGCAAUUGGAAGAUCCGAUCACACUCGAAAAGAUGAUGGUACACCCCCCAAAAUACAAAUGUCACCUCUGCGAGCCCCCUGACUGCGAAUCUGGUGUCCAGAACAUAUGCGUCGACGCCCUAUAUUGCUUCAAGUCCUCGGUGAGGGAGUCCAAUGGAGAGCUGCAGCACUCAAGGGGUUGCUCCGAUAAGAACGAUCACUACCAGUUCAUAUGUCGCUCAAGUACGAGGCAAGGGGUCCACAAGCGUCACGCCGGUCAGCUGAACGUGACGUGCUGCACGGGGGACAUGUGCAACUCGGGCGAGUUCCCGGCGCUGUGGGAGGCGGCGCGGGCGGGGCGCGCGGCCUGGGAGCCGUGGGCGGGCGGCGCCGCGGCCGUGCUGCUGCUGGCGGCGCUGCUGACGGGCCUGCUGCUGCUGCUGCAACGAGCCCACAGGCUGCGCGUGUCGCGGACUGCCCUGGACAAACUCCGCUCCGAGGCGAAGUACUUCUCAUUUAACGUCUACAACCAGCACAUGAACAACGCUUAUUACGAAGGUGCGGAGGGCUCACAGCCGGGCUGCGUGGCGGUGGCGGCCGGGGACUCCACGCUGCGCGAGUACCUGGAGGGCUCCCUGAGCUCGGGCUCCGGCUCGGGCCUGCCGCUGAUGGUGCAGCGCACGCUCGCCAAGCAGGUCACGCUGUACGACUGCGUCGGCAAGGGCCGCUACGGCGAGGUGUGGCGCGGCUCGUGGUACGGGGACAGCGUGGCGGUCAAGAUCUUCUUCUCGCGAGACGAGGCCAGCUGGAAGCGCGAGACCGAGGUGUACAGCACCGUGCUGCUGCGCCACCAGAACAUCCUGGCCUACGUGGGCAGCGACAUGACCAGCCGCGGCAGCUGCACGCAGCUGUGGCUGAUCACGCAGUACCACCCGCUGGGCUCGCUGCACGAGCACCUGCAGCGCGGCACGCUCUCCCGCCAGCAGCUCGCCGCGCUCAGCCUGUCCGCCGCCAGCGGCCUGCUGCACCUGCACACGCAGAUACACGGCACCCAGGGUAAACCUGCGAUAGCACACCGGGACAUCAAGUCCAAGAACAUCCUGGUCAAGGUGAAUGGGGAGUGUUGCAUCGGAGACCUCGGGCUCGCCCUCACCGCGCAGCACAUCGAGCAGGGCCAGCAGCUGCACAACCCUCGCCAGGGGACCAAGAGGUAUAUGAGCCCCGAGAUGCUGGACCACACCAUGCAGACGGACUGCCUGGACGCGUACCUGCGCUGCGACGUGUACGCGCUGGGGCUGGUGCUGUGGGAGCUGUGCCGCCGCGUGCCCCCCGCGCGCCCGCCCGCGCCCCCCUACCACCACCGCGCGCCGCCCGACCCCUCCUACGAGGACAUGCGCAAGAUCGUCUGCGUGGACCGGGACCGACCCGAGCCGCUGGACUACCACGAUCAUCCGACAAUGGUCUCAAUGUGGAAACUGAUCCAAGAGUGCUGGCACCACAACCCGUCGGCGCGCCUCUCCGCGCUGCGCGUCAGGAAGACCUUACUGAAGAUUGCAGCAGCGGACGAGUCCAUACACCUCAACGAGGACAACGAGGUGUCCCUGUAGCCCACGGGCCCAAUGCUCUCUGCCACAAAGAGAAUUGUGAGUCUGUGUAUGGAUGUGAUCGAGACCACUGACUUCGUCUUCAACAUGUCAACUGGCUUGGCAAUAAAUUUGAGUACCUUGUGUACGUACAACUGACUUAUUGUAAAUAAGUAUAUUAUGAUAAGAUUAUAACACUAAUUAAUAGUGUGUUAGAUAUUUUUUUUGUAUUUCACGUGUUAAUUGUGAGUGGCCGCGCUGGGGACGCUUAGGCGGCUGCACUAGCUCACGGUUCAAUAAAGGCAAUGUCAAUGUCAUUAUCCGUUUUGACAUACGAGGUUGAGGUUCUAAUUGUACUGUACACCGACAGCCCCGCCCUUUAAACAGAACUGCACUUUUGCUUCGCGGCAGGAGUAGGCGGGGCAGUGGUACCUACCCGCGCGGCAACGCCUGAGCUCUACCACCAGACUUCUAUUGUCUUUGUUUUUUUUUUCUGUUUCUCAGUCGCGGUACGAUUUAUUUAGGUUGUAUUGAAAUCGUUUCCAAAACGACUGUAGGUUCUGAUGAUCCCUAAUACGGUUAAAUAUAAUUUAAAUACCUUUGCGCUUCAUAGAGCAAGCACGUUUAUGAGCUGUCGACGCGUUCGAAGGCUCACUGAACAUACGCUCAUAAAUGGUCACAUGCAUGUUUUUUUUUAUUGCCCUUGUAGGCAGACGAGCAUACGGCCCACCUGAUGUUGAGUGGUUACCGUCGCCCAUGGACCUCAGCAACGCCAGGCGCAGAGCCAAGCCGCUGCCUACCGCCUAAUACUCUCCACAAGCCUCGUUUGAAGAAGGACAUGUCAUAGCGCUCAGGAAACACCGUGGAGGGGAGCUCAUUCCAUAGCCGAGCUGUAAACGGUUACCGCUAACUAAACCAGUAGUCAAGUUUCGGCUCCAAUAUCAAUGUAUCCACAAUUUCAAAAUUUUCAAUACAUCGCUCGCUAUGUUCUAGUAUAACAAUUCUGUGAAUUCUCUCGCUAACCGAACGAGUCAUCGGCGUCUUGCUAUUUGACUGGUGACGGCGUGUCACGAGCUCGCCCGGUUAAGUACUACGAGCCUGCCUACUUCUGCCGCGAUGCAGUCCUGCCUCCCGGUUUGAGAGGUGGGGUAGUCGGUGUAUAGUUGAAACUUUGGAAGUCUCAAGUUGGGCGGCGAUAUUCGCGCACUGAUAUCUAUGGGCCCCUGUGGCCGCUUAACACCACGUGAACUGUGAGUACAUUCACACGUCUGCGUUAUAAAAGAGAGACGGAAAAUCACCAAGUCGGUUCGUUAACUUGAACAAUUCAAAUUGUAGACAAAUAUACUGGGUGUUAGGAGAAUACUUCCAAAAUUGAAGAUUUGUACCUAUAAAGUUGUACAUUUUGGGGAUCGCGGUCCCCGCCGCGCCCGGGCGUUCGUUGACCCGAGCAUCAGCUGUUUUUGAUUUUGUGUUUCAUUGCUGUCUUUUUUUAAAAGUAAAAUAAUUAAUCUUUUAUGGAACUAUCAUUUCAUUUAGCUGUAGUAACAUGAUGAAGCGUAAAUAAUGCUAAUAAAACGUUUUAAAAAUGUUUUUUUUGAAGUGAAACUUCCUUAUCGGCGUUGGAAAAAAAUUUACCGUCACAUUUUUCGGUUACGCGUCACAUUUUUCCGUUACGCGCCAUCUUUUUUGUAUUCAUGUCUAUGAUAAUAAAAUCCUUUUGUUUAAACUUUAUCUAAUUUAACUUUUUUGUAUUCAUGUCUAUGAUAAUAAAAUCCUUUUGUUUAAACUUUAUCUAAUUUAACUUUAUUUAACCAAUUUCUAGAAAGUUGCAUGUAGAUCAUUUUUCGAAAAAUAAGGCCAUAAACAAGUUUCACUUCUUACGUGUGUACACUAGUACACGCACACAUUUUUUUUAAAAUCAGGAUCGAUUUUUUCCGUCCCAUCAUCAAACGGCCGUCUGGUGUAGUGGUAAGUGACAUGGUCACUACACAAGGGUGUCGCGGGUUCGAAUCCCGCCAAGGGAAGAUAUUUGUAAGAUAAAUAUAAAAUGUCUUUUCCAGGGUUAUGGAUGUAUAUUAAAUAUAUGUAUGUGUAUAAUAAAAAAAUCUUACAUUUAUAUUCGUUAUCUGGUACCUGUAACACAAGUUCUUUACGAACUUAUCACGGGACCUGUUAACGUGGCGUGAUUGUUAGUAAAAAAAAACAUUCAUUAGUACUAUCGUCUGUCUUCGUUUUCGGAAGCGGUCUCCUAACACCCAGUAUGAGGGGUUGUCAUUCGUUUGAUUUUGACCAACGGCGAGUAGCUUUCAACUAAACGGAGAGUGCUUCGCCGUUGAGUGGAGCGGGUGUAGGUACCCCCCACUGCUCCACUCCCAAAAACAUUUAGGUUAAAUGAGGAGCAGCUAGUUGAGCUAGUUGAGAGUAUAUCACUCCCCACUGGCAAAGAGGGGAGCGUGCGGACAUUGACCCCCCCACUGAAAUAUUUCAGAAAUAUUUUUUCGUUGUAUAUAAAUGUGUGUAUAUAAUAAACAUGUAAGUUUGUUAUUAACGUAGACUGACAGUGGAGCUGUAAUAGUUAUGCAUUUAAUUAGGAGAUGCCUUUGUGAAGUCAUCAGCUGAACUCACUGUGACCGAUCGUAGCGUGUCCGGCUGACUGUUUACUGAUGGUAGGACCUCUUGUGAGUCCGCGCGGGUAGGUACCACCACCCCGCCCAUUUCUGCCGUGAAGCAGUAAUGCGUUUCGGUUUGAAGGGCGGGGUAGCCGUUGUAACUAUACUGAGACCUUAGAACUUAUAUCUCAAGGUGGCUGGCGCAUUUACGUUGUAGAUGUCUAUGGGCUCCAGUAACCGCUUAACAACAGGUGGGCUGUGAGCUCGUCCACCCAUCUAACCAAUAAAUAAAAAACGACUCCGGCGAACCUUAGGAGAAUACGCACGUGAGCCGACCGGGUCCGAGUCUAUACGAUACGAUUGGGGAUCUUGUAUCAUCACUAGGUGACUCGGAAUAGUAUGAGUUAUAUGAGCACGCAAACUUCCGGCGCGCAAUGUAAACUUGCCGGACGCGACGUACAUUGCGCGCUCGACAUGUGUUUUCUCAAACUAACAGGUUUUACUGCGAACUCUGUUUGUUUUUAACUAUAUAAGUUUAAAUUAAUCUCGUGCGUCGGUAGGGACGUGCGAUCGAGUGAUGCAGUCACGUGUUUAAUUGUGACAAAUUUUGUAUUAUCCAAGUCUAAAACGCAUAAUGAGAUCGUGUUCAGUUUAAAUUGUAUAUUAUUAAUAUUAUAGUCAUUGUUAAACUAAUUAAAUAGAUAAUAAUAUUGUAAAAAGAAUAAAAGUAUUUGUAUAUUAA